CGCGCUCAAUUGAUCGGAGCGGGAGCACCGGGCUGACUUUUGGAGCUCGGUCGAAACGACGCGUGUUGCCCGCGCCCAUGCGCGGAGGCCAUGGAUCACAUCGGACUAGUGGGGGCACAUCUGCAGCAACACACGCACGCGCAGGAGUCCAUCAGUUUCGGAAUCGACCAGAUUCUCAGCACCGUGGAGCAGAGUUGCAUGCUGAGUGCGAGGAUGCACGAGCCGGAUUAUGGGCACCCGCUUUAUAACUGUAACGCCAACAGCGGCUUCGCGUGCGGGAACGGCGGAUAUAACUGCAACGGCGCUUCGCUUGGCGGGACUUACCAAAUGAACGUGGGAGUCAAUGUGAGCGGGAAUAAUUCCGCCCCCGCUGGGGUCAUUCGCGUACCUGCACACCGACCGGUUAGCGGGGGGAACUCUUGUAUGACGCCCGUGACGGGAAGCAUCAAUAACCUGAAUGCUCUCACCUUCCCCUGGAUGGAGAGUAACAGACGAUACACUAAAGACAGGUUCACAGUGUCUCUCUCACCCCUCACUGUAACACGUCGUGUAGGACACCCGUAUCAGAACCGAACGCCGCCGAAGAAGAAGAAGCCGCGAACGUCGUUCACUCGACUACAGAUCUGCGAGCUGGAGAAGCGCUUCCACCGCCAAAAGUACCUGGCGUCUGCCGAGCGGGCCACCCUUGCUAAAGCUCUUAAAAUGACCGACGCUCAAGUCAAAACCUGGUUCCAAAAUAGACGCACCAAAUGGAGGCGGCAGACGGCGGAGGAGCGAGAGGCGGAGAGACAACAAGCGAAUCGAAUCCUCAUGCAAUUGCAGCAGGAGGCUUUCCAAAAGUCCAUCAACCAGCCGGUGACGCCGGAUCCGCUGUGCUUACAGAACAGCUCUUUGUUCGCCCUGCAGAACCUGCAACCGUGGACUGAGAACACCGCCAAGAUCAGCAGCGUGUCGGCCUGCGAGUAGCUGCAGCAAAAAGAUUCCGGAGAGCCCAGUGGCUUUUCAGGCCGUCAUGCUGGAAACUGUUUAUCUCCUAUCCGUUUUUCUGUCCUCGCGGGGUGUUAUCUCCCACCUUUUCUCUGAGUGAGUGCGCCUCUGGAUGGGGCCUCCUGUGCAAGCCCUGAAGAUCCAUCAGUCAUGAAGAAAUACGUUUUUAAAGGCAUCGUUAUCCCGAGAUGGACUUUAAGUCCGAUCAACGUUUUAUCUGAUGCACCAUUGGAAACCAAUGUAAAAUAGAAAGCACCUUCGAACAAAACAUGUAAAUGUUAUGGCAGCCAUUAGACAAUUUAUAUUGGCCCAUGCAGAAACCAACAAGUUACACCGGUAUUUUCCUUUGACAUGUCUGUCAUGUCUUCACUCGUAAACCCGUGCAAUUACUAAAAUUGUUUGAGUGCAUAUAGCUAUAUGUGUACUUUGUGUUCCCUUUUUAUUUGACUAAUUGCAGUUUAUGUAGUGUAGUCAGUAACACAGACUUUCCAACAAUA